UGCUCGUUCGCGAUUCACCCUCGUUUUUUCUUCACUUGCUUUCUCGUUCUUUCCUUCUGAAUUGCUCUCUAUUUCUCUGUUUUUGCAUUAAAGCACGGUAAUCUUCGGAUUUAAUCCCACCAUUUUUGCGAUCAAUCAGUGUAGUCCGAAGCAGAUCCGGCCGGAAUAAUGUCUUAUGCUUACCUAUUCAAAUACAUCGUCAUCGGCGAUACUGGAGUUGGGAAAUCGUGUCUUCUCCUUCAGUUUACGGAUAAUCGAUUUCAGCCUGUUCAUGACUUAACUAUCGGGGUCGAAUUCGGAGCCAGGAUGAUCACCAUCGAGAAUAAGCCAAUUAAGCUCCAGAUUUGGGAUACGGCCGGCCAAGAGUCAUUCAGGUCCAUCACGAGGUCCUAUUAUAGAGGUGCUGCUGGUGCCUUGCUUGUCUAUGAUAUUACCAGAAGGGAGACUUUCAAUCACUUGGUUAGCUGGCUAGAAGAUGCAAGACAGCAUGCAAAUGCAAACAUGACAAUUAUGCUAAUUGGUAAUAAGAAUGAUCUUGCUCAUAGAAGGGCUGUGAGCACAGAAGAGGGUGAACAGUUUGCAAAGGAACAUGGUUUAAUAUUCAUGGAGGCAUCUGCCAAAACUGCCCAGAAUGUUGAAGAGGCAUUCGUAAGGACAGCCGCAACCAUAUUCAAGAAGAUUCAAGAUGGAGUAUUUGACGUUUCAAAUGAGUCUUAUGGAAUCAAAGUUGGAUAUGGUGGGAUACCGGGACCGUCCGGAGGCAGGGAGGGAUCAUCUUCCCAAACUGCCGGCUGUUGCAGUUGAACCUUGAAACUAUAGAAACUAGUUGACUUCAAGCUGUCUGUGCCUGCCUUAAUUCAUUUUUUCUUUUAAUCUUUUGCAUCAUUCCUCAUGUGCUGCUGUGAAAUGUGAAUACCCCCUCCCCCAAAGAAAAAAAGAGUAGAAGAAGCUCUUCAAUCUGCUGUCAAUUCAAUUGUAAAUCAACAUUGUUUUGAAUUCAUUAGUUCAUUUGGUGAAGAA